AUGUACUGAACCCUCUGCCUUUGGGUCUCCUUUGUCAGGUGCCCCCUCCCCACGGAGGGACCCCCUCUCUCCCACGCCCGGAGUGGGCAUCAUGGCUGGCGGGAAGCAGGAGCUGAAGAGAAGCGUUUCCAUCAUCCCCUGCUUUGUGUUUGUGGAGCUGGUGAUCAUGGCGGGCACGGUGCUGCUCGCAUAUCACUUCGAAUACACCGACACCUUCCCCGUCCACAUCCAGGGCUUCUUCUGCCACGACAGCGCCUACGCCAAGCCCUACCCGGGGCCCGAGGACGCCAGCCGCGCCCCGCCCGUCCUGGUCUACUCCCUGGUCACCGCCGUUCCCACGGCCAUGGUGGGGGCUCCCCUGCCUGGUCCCAGGACCCCCAGGCUGGCCUAG